GUCUGUGACAUGAGACCAAGACUGGACGAUGUCAAAAUUUCUCUGUCAUAGGAAUUCAUUUUGGAUAUUUGUCUGUUUGUGAAUUCAAGAGACUGAAAGUCAUUUUUUGCGGGAGGUUUUUAAAGCCCUCCUCUUCUUUCUGUUUGACAGGAAAUGCUUUCCAUUUUGAAUCUUGUGAAAAGUUUCUUUCUGACUCACUGAAAGUCACACAACAGUAAAAUGUCUGAAGCUGGAGUAAUAUACUCUGAUGUGAAGUUUACAAGAGAGAAGAAAGCUAAUGUUGUCAUUUUCUCGUUGCCUGACACCACUUACUCUGAAGUAACAAUCUCAAAGACUCAGCCGUCCAAAACAGAGUCGCCCGAGGGGUACCAACAAGAUGUAUUGAGCAAAAGGUCAAAGGUCACCUCAGAGAGAUUGGCCUUGCUGGUUCUCAGUGGUCUCCUGGUAGCUGCCGUCAUUGGUAUGGGUGUUACCAUGUUUGACAACAUAAGAUUGAAGCAAAUGUUCAAAAAACAAGGAGAUCUCAAAAACAGGAAUGAAAGUGGAAACACAAAUGUCUCAGUCUGUUUUUCAAACACAGAAAGAGAACCAUGCAGCACAGUACAGCCUACAUGUCCACAAUGUCCUACAGUAGAAGAAAGAAAACCAUCCAGCACAGUACAGCCUACAUGUCCACAAUGUCCUACAGUAGAAGAAAGAAAACCAUCCAGCACAGUACAGCCUACAUUUCCAAAAACUCCUGAAGUGAAAGAUCAGACAUGUGAUAAAUGUGAAGAAGGCUGGGAGCAACAUGGAGGAACGUGCUAUAAUUUCUCCAUCAGUAAAUCAUCCUGGAACAAGAGCAGAGAUGUGUGUAGAGCUAAAGGAGGAGACCUGGUUAAGAUAGACAGCAGGGAGGAGCAGAAUUUCCUGCAGAGGAGACUGAGUGAAAUAAUGACUGGAGGUGAGGACAAGUUCUGGAUCGGGCUGACAGACUCAGCAGUAGAGGGCAGAUGGUUGUGGGUGGACGGGUCACCACUGGAUCAAAGUUUGAAGUUUUGGAAGGGCACAGAGCCAGACAAUUGGAAAGGGACAAAAGGGAAACAUCCUGAUGGAGAGGACUGUGUGAGGAUGGGAGAAAAAGGUGGAGCUAAAGAUCUACAGUGGUGGUUUGAUGCAUUUUGCUCAAAUCCUCACAAAAGUAUUUGUGAGAAAGCAGGAGUAAGGGGAAAGUUUAAAAAAGUAUGUGACUGAAAUUCAGUUCAGUCUAUUAAACACCAGAGUGGAAUGAUGCAGUUUUUUUUAAGUUGUCUCACAAACAGAAUAAAAUCAACAUAUUAAAAUAAAAUUUGAGUAUUAUCUUGCAUCCGAUGUUUUUCCUUUUUGAACUAAUUAUUAUAUACAAGAAAUGUGGGAGCACCUGUGAACCUUGAAGGAAUUAUAACAUCCCAAAACUUUUGAGAUACCCCUGUUAGGAAUGUUGUGUUAAAAUGGAGCACGUAAUAGAUAUCAGUGUGAAUAAAGAGUAACUGACCAUUACAGUGUUUGAUAUUUUCCCAACUGAUUAGUGUGACAACUCACUUAACUCUCAUCAACUCAGAGCUGAACGAGGAACUGAAAUUACAAUGUAUUAUUUUAGCAUGAUUUUAUCAGAUAAACAGUGUGACACAGUUUGAUCUUAAGAGGCUACAGCUGCUUAAAAACUGCUUACAGGCUGUAACUGAGAAAUAUGAAUACAACACUGUUAUACGCUGUUUUCUACACCUGUUUCUCCUCUGGGGUAGUCUUGCUCUGGGUAAAUGUGUAAAACAGUAAUGUAAGUGUGAAUUCACAUGUGUACUAAAAUGCCAUGAAUUAACUAUUUCUUUAUUCAUAAUCAGAAAUACUUAAGUUAAAUGUACACACCAUAAACAGAAUGCUGGACUGUGUUGUGCUGGGAUUGAUGCAAGCAUUAGGAUGUGUGGUUUCCACAUUGUAAUUCCACAUUGUUGUGGAAUUAUGGAAAACGCCAAAUGGUGCAAAUGCAAACCACAUUUCACAUUUUCUCACUUCAAGAAGCUUAAAGUGAAUAAACUGCAGUUUAGAAGGGCUUUUAUAUUUAAAUAAUUUUUCCUUGUGUCUUUGCCUGAUUGGAUUCAACAUCCGACAUACAUGAAACAUUUAAAGUAUAUGAGUACUUUUAUUUUUUGUUAUUUUCUUUCUCUGAGUCCUUUCUACAGUAAAUCUAUAGUUAGGGCUGUAAUUUUGGACAACAACACCGUUUUUUUUGUUUGUUGUUGUUUUUUUGUUUUUUUGCCUCCAUACACCACCACAAUGAACUAUUAAGAUGUGAGCAAAGAAAAAGUCAAAAAUCAUAAAUCCAAUUAGUGGGUCCACAAUGUUGGGCAAUGAAUGUUUUUCUGGUUACUUUCUUGGUUGCCAGAGCUGAAUCUUCAGGUGAUUUCUUCUGCACAUUGAAAGAACCAGAGGAAGAAAUAAACUGAAUAUUCCUAGGCACCCGUCUCUCCUCCUCUCCUUCUCUCUGGACAUCCAAUCACCAUUGUUGACCUGAUGUCCAGCCACACAUUAUCAUAUCUCACUUUUUCUCGUGUUUGUGAGUCA